UCUCCGCUCCGCUCCGUUCGGCGGGGAUGUGCGGCCGCACCGCCUGCUCCCUGGCCGCCGACAACCUCCGCCGGGCCUGCGCCUACCGCGACCGGCGGGGCCGGCGGCGGGAGCCCGAGUGGAUCCGCGCCGAGCGGUACCGGCCCUCGUACAACAAGGGCCCGCAGUCCAGCGGCCCGGUGCUGCUGUCCCGCCGGCACCUCCAGCAGGAUGCUGACUCCUCUGAGCGGGUCCUCAUGGACAUGCGCUGGGGCCUGGUUCCCUCCUGGUUCAAACAGGACGACCCCUCCAAAAUGCCGUUUAACACCUCCAACUGCCGCAGUGACACCAUGAUGAGCAAGGCCUCCUACAAGGGUGCUCUGCUCAAGGGCAAGCGCUGCGUGGUCCUGGCUGAUGGCUUCUAUGAGUGGCAGCAGCAGAGCGGGGGGAAGCAGCCGUAUUUCAUCCACUUCCCCCAGAGCAAGGACACUGCGGCUGGGGAGGAGGAGGGAGAUGAGGAAUGGAAAGGAUGGAGGUUGCUCACCAUGGCCGGGAUCUUCGACUGCUGGGAGCCACCGGCAGGAGGAGAAGCGCUGUACACGUACACCAUCAUCACUGUGGAUGCCUCCAAGGACCUGAGCUUCAUCCAUCACAGGAUGCCAGCCAUCCUGGAUGGGGACGAUGCCAUCACAAAAUGGCUGGAUUUUGCUGAAGUACCAACCCAGGAAGCGGUUAAACUCAUCCAGCCCAUAGAGAACAUUGUUUUCUACCCGGUCUCCACCUUUGUCAACAGCAUCCGCAACAACGCACCCGAGUGCCUGGCACCCAUCGAGCUGGGAGCCAAGAAGGAGGCCAAAGGCACCCCCAGCAGCCAAGUGAUGCUGGGCUGGUUGAAGAACUCCCAGGAGGGCUCUUCCCAGAAGAAAGAAAACGAUUUGCCCAAGGGGAUGAGGCAGUUCAGCCACAGCCCUUCCCCCAGGAAAACCAGUGCAGGAAUCCUGCAGCAGUGGCUGGGGAAGGAGGGGGAGCCGCCAGCCAAGAAGCACAAGGGUUAGGCCCAGCUGGACCCCAGCAUCCUUCCUCCUCCUGGUCUCCCGAAGCACAAGGAAUGGUGUUUUUGGGAGGCUUUGUGGGUGGUGUUGAGAUUCUCGGAGCCUCUCAGGUGUUGAUCCAAGACUCUAGGUUGUUAUCUGUGUUCUCGGUGUUUUGUUAAAGGCUGAUGUUUGUCUUUAAAGGUUUUGGCUUUGCCUGGUGCUGAUGGGAGAGGAUGUAACCUGCUGGCCUCCCUCCAGCCAUUCACUUGUGCCAAGCACAGAUAAAGCCCUUAGAAGCUUCUGAGCCUGCCAGGGAGGAGCCGCUGCUGCCUGCUGACAGUGCUCAUAGUUCACUCUUCUGUUCCCUUUUACUUCGGUAUCAAACUAACGCCUCUUUUCUGUUUCAUUCCUUGUUGGUUCUAUACAAACUCCUUCCUAAAGCCCUCACCCUCUGUGGUACUGAGGAGCACGCACUAAACACCAGGAGGAAAGCCUGGAGUCAUCCCAUGCUGCAGCACGUGCAUCCCUGGCUCCAAACCCAGGAGCUGUGUGAGGGGAGCCCGGGGCAGCGCGUCUGGGUCACGUUGUUCCUGCAAUCCUUUGUUAAUGGGAUUUGAAGGCUCGGGGUGGAUUUUCCUGGUGUGCUCAGGGCUGAUGCUCCGGCUCACACAGGGCGCGCAGGAAGGCUCAGCUCACCAAAGUGCUGCUGCACAGCAAUGCUGAGCACUUGGGUUUGAGGUCAGGGAUUUUGUGCACAGCCAGAUGUUACAGACCAAAAGCCUUACACAGUGGGACCCUUGGUGGAAAGCACCGAUUCACUGCUGUUGGAAGCAAUAAAAUGGGAGUUCACUGCUUCACUGCACAA